CAACGCUUAGCCGCUAAUCUACGCGAACGAAAACGUAUGCAAAGUAUUAAUCAUGCAUUCGAAGAUUUACGCCACUUGGUGCCUAAGUUACCAUAUGAAAAACGAUUAUCCAAAGUCAAUACUUUGAGAUUGGCGAUAUCUUACAUUGGUUUCAUGUCGGAAUUGUUG